AUGGGUGUAUUUGCUGUGGACACAUUGGACUUGUCUGAUACUGAAUGGUCGCCAGAUGACAGUACAAUAGUGAUAUGGGAUUCGCCUCUCGAAUAUAAGGUUCUAAUAUACUCCCCAGAUGGGAGGUGCCUUUAUAAGUAUCAAGCAUAUGAAAGUGGAUUGGGCGUAAAAAGUGUUUCAUGGUCUCCUUGUGGCCAGUUUCUAGCAGUGGGUAGUUAUGACCAGAUGUUGCGGGUUUUGAAUCACCUGACUUGGAAGACUUUUGCUGAAUUUAUGCAUCUAUCUACCGUCCGUGCUCCCUGUUGUGCUGCUGUUUUUAAGGAAGUGGAUGAGCCAUUGCUGCUUGAUAUGUCCGAGUUAUGUUUAAGUGAUGAUUUUGCACAAGGCAAUGAUGAUGCUUCUGAAGGACAUUUCAGAGUUAGGUACGAGGUUACAGAAGUGCCCAUUAGUUUGCCUUUCCAGAAGCCUCCUGCAGACAAACCUAACCCCAAACAAGGAAUUGACCCCAGUCAAUGCAAUAGCUCAAACAUGAAGAUAGGUCUUAAGAUAUUAUCUGGUGUAAUUACUCCUGUAAUCACUCCUGCAAUAUAUAGCCUUUAA